AUGCCGGCGAUGUCCGCGGACGAAAUCCUCGCCGCGAUCGACGCGACGGUGAACGACGACGACGCCGUCGUGACGUUCAAAUACGUCUCUCGAAAGUUCGCCAUCGACGCGACGACCGCGAAGCGGAUCCUCUUCGCGCACCACGCCAAGAAGGGCGGGCUCGCGGUGUACUGCGUCACCGGGUGGGUCGGCGCGGUCGGCGACGCGUCCAGAACGCGCGUCGUCAAGCUCGCGCGCGGCGCGGACGAGCUCGAGAGGGUCCGCGGCGGGAUGACCGAAGUCGUCAGCGCGCACGUGUACGGCGUCGCGAAAAAGGUGCGUUCUUUACACUGUUCCCCAUACGACCCCGUCGGCGUGGUGAACGCCAAUCCUUAA